GCUCGGCGCCGCCUUGCCCGUAUGCGCUCAUUCAGCGAUUCCUAUCCAUCAACUAGACUCUCUGCUCACCAUGACGUCGAAAUCGGAAGUCAUGAAGGUCGAAGAGACCCAGCUCGACCAGACGCUCCCGCACACCACCGGGUCGCCUUACCACACCGACAUGACCUACGAGAGGCGCCUCAAGGUCGAGAAGAAGCUCAAGCUCAAGCUCGACUUGCGAUUCAGUAUCUUGGUAGUUAUCUACAUUCUGAACUAUAUCGACCGUAACAACGCUUCUCAGGCGCGACUGGCCGGUUUCGAGAGGGACCUCGGUCUCAAGGGCGAAGAGUUCGCGACCGUCCUAUCCAUCGUAUACGUCGGAUACAUCCUCAUGCAGGUCCCGUCCAACAUGAUCCUCUCAAAGAUCUCUUAUCCUUCGUGGUACAUCGCUGCGGCCAUGUUGAUCUGGGGAAUGAUCUCUGUCGUCACUGGUGUCUGCCGCAACUUUACCGAUGUCCUCGUCGCGAGGUUCUUCCUCGGAUUUGUCGAAGCCGUCUUCCUGCCCGGAGCCCUGUUCAUGUUGAGUAAAUGGUACACCAAGAAGGAGAUCGCCUUGCGAUACACCAUCCUCUUUUGCGGAAACUUGAUCUCGAACGCCUUUGGUUCCCUCAUCGCCGCCGGUAUCUUGAACAACAUGGAAGGCGUCCUCGGACAUGCCGCCUGGCGUUGGUUGUUCUUCAUCGAAGGUGCCCUCACCAUGGGAGUCGCCGUCGUCGCCGGAUUCAUGCUGCCCGAUAUGCCUCACAACUCCAAGGGUUUCACCAAGGAGGAACUCGACGUCGCUCAGCUUCGUCUGUACGAGGACACCGGAGAGAGCGACACGGACGGAGAGCAACAGCCGAUCACUUACGGUCUUCAGCUCGCCUUCAGGACGUCUCGACUCUACGUCCUCAUGUUGGGUCUUAUCGCCGUCGUCACCGGAUUGUCUUUCAACGCCUACUUCCCCACGCUCGCCGGUACCCUCGGAUACGACAGGACCAAGACCCUGUUGCUCUGUGCGCCUCCUUGGGUAUUCUCAUGUAUCGUCGCCCUGGUCAACUCGUGGCACGCCGACAAGACGCAGGAAAAGUUCUGGCACUCCGUCUGGCCCAUCGGCAUGGGAAUCGUCGGAUUCGUCAUCUCGAUCGCGACCAUGAACACUGCCGCCCGGUAUCUCGCCUUGUUCCUUCAAGCUGGAAGUUACGCUGGUUACGUCAUCAUGUACUCCUGGAUGGCCAGCUCUUUCCCCCGACCUCCCGCCCUCCGAGCCGUGGCCAUCGCCUUGCUCAACGCCGUCUCCCAACUGGGAAACAUUGCCGGAUCCUACGUCUGGUCCAAGCAGUUCGGACCUACCUACCGAAACUCUUACAUCAUCACCCUCUGCUGUUUCGUCGUCGGUAUCGGCUGCAACCUCUGGUUCUCUUUGAUCCUGAGGAAGAUGAACCGACAGUUCGAGGAGGCCGAGAGGCAGUGGGAGGAGGCUGGCGAGGAUCACCCGGUCGACGCCAACACCGUGCCCAAGGGAUUCAGGUUCUUGUCGUAAAAAAGACGUCGUCCACGUCGCUUAUGUAUCGAUUAGAGUAAUUAGAGGGUAGCCCACCGCAUAGCAUAUAUCAUGAUUUGCCGUUC